UUAAUCUGAUAAAAAUGGCAGAGAGAAGAAGGGGAAUUCUUUAUAUGCAUUUCUUUGGGUUUUAAGUUAUAAACAACAGGAAUUCAGGAUCAUGUGAGAAGAAAGAUGAUGAAAGAAACAGAAUGCAGGAAGUCAGGGGAAUACAAGAGGCCAGGAUCGGAUGGGAUCCAUUCCAGGACAUGAAAGGAAGUGACUAAACUGAUACAUGAAUGUUACCUAAUAAAGAAACACAAAUGGAGAGAGGAAGACACCAAGGACUGGUCUGAAGAAUAGGUAAUGGAAACAACACAGAUCAACAUGUCACAAGCCUCACUAGUCAAGGGCAGCAUCAGUGCUAAAAUGAAGAGAAACAAACCUCGUGUGAUGUCUAAAAGUGGUCACAGCAAUAUCAGGAUUGACAAGGUAGAUGGUAUUUACCUGCUUUAUCUUCAGGACCUGUGGACCACAGUUAUUGACAUGAAAUGGAGAUACAAACUUACAUUAUUUGCUGCUACUUUCAUCAUGACUUGGUUUCUGUUUGGCGUCAUUUACUAUGCCAUUGCAUUUCUUCAUGGAGAUCUGGAAGAGAGCAGAUACUCUCAAAAACAUGUCCCUUGUGUCAUGAAUGUAGAUUCGCUAACUGGGGCAUUUCUCUUUUCUUUGGAAUCCCAAACAACCAUUGGUUAUGGCUUCCGGGUUAUCACUGAAGAAUGUCCUCAUGCCAUAUUUCUCUUGGUGGCUCAGUUAGUUCUCACUACCUUGAUUGAGAUUUUCAUUACUGGAACUUUCCUGGCCAAAAUUGCUAGACCUAAAAAAAGAGCUGAGACCAUUAAGUUCAGUCAUUGUGCUGUCAUAACCAAACACACUGGAGAGUUGUGCCUUGUAAUCCGUGUAGCAAAUAUGAGAAAGAGCCUCCUGAUUCAGUGCCAGCUAACUGGAAAACUUCUUCAGACCUAUGAAACCAAAGAAGGAGAAAGGAUUCUACUAAACCAAGCUAGCGUCAAAUUCCAUGUGGAUUCAUCAUCAGAAAGCCCUUUCUUGAUUCUACCUCUGACUUUUUACCACAUUUUGGAUGACAGCAGCCCUUUAAGUGACUUGACACCCCAAAAUCUAAAGGAAAAGGAUUUUGAACUCAUUAUCCUUUUGAAUGCCACAGUGGAAUCCACGAGUGCUGUAUGCCAGAGCCGAACUUCAUAUAUUCCAGAGGAAAUUUUCUGGGGUUUUGAAUUUCUGCCUGUGAUUUCUCUUUCACAGAAUGGAAAAUACGUUGCAGAUUUUAGUCAAUUUGAGCUGAUCAGAAGAAGCAUUGACUGUACAUUAUAUAGUACGGACCCUGAAAAGCAAAAAUUGGAAGAGCAAUAUAGAAAGGAAGACCAGAGGGAGAGAGAACGCAGAACCAUGUUGUUACAACAAAGUAAUGUUUGAUUACUCAUCUAUAACAAAUUAUACUAAAUAUAACAUUUCUAUCUGAAAGUCGGUUACUCAAACACUAUGAUUUUAACAGAAUGCAUCAUUAAUUCUUUUUCAGUUUUUGUGUAACAUAUGCCACAAUUGUGGAAAAUGGAGGUAUGCUUUGGGAAUAUAGAAGCCUGUCUUAAUAUAAACAAGACUGUUAUAUUGUGACACACCAGAGUUCCAGACAGGGAAUUUCACUGCACUAUCUGGAACUGGAUCCAUGCCAUAUACUCGCAUCUUUCUCCAGUGCUGAAAUGGAGUGGAAUGGUUAACAUAUUGACAUUAUGCUGCCAAUAACUUUAUGAUUUGCAUCACUGGUGAUGAGCUGUGUGUUUUGUCCACAGGGUAGAAUGUCAGUAGAGCUCUACUUCUUAACUCCUCUCAUCCUUCUUGGCAUUAGAGACAGGAUGUGGUUAGCAUGUUGAUCUCCAGAGUUACACCAUCUUCCUGUUGCUUAGUCUUUGAUACAUGACAAAUGAUUUUCAAUGGUUAUGCCUGAAGUUUGCUAUAUUGAACAUUUUUUCCAGAUACAAAAGUUUGAUAUUUUGAACAUAUUUCUUCAGAUAUAAAAAUCUACAUAGGUGUUUGUUUUAGAUAUAAAUAGCAAUUUUUAAAAGUUUAUUGACAGGAAGCAUUAUGAACACUGGUACUUUGUACAGUGACACCAUAUGAUGAAGACAGUUUGUGUGAUUCUGCCAAAUUUCUUUUGUGUGGAUCUUAAUUGCCAUUUUCCUAAACUGACAUUUUUUCCCCUGCCCAGUUUAAAUUUAUACAUUAUUGAUAGGGCACAAGGUCAACAUCAUAAGGGAAGAACAGAGGAAGAUCAAGCUUUGCUCUGAAUUUUCUCAUCAGCACAUUAUUGAUCAAAAACUUAAUAGGAAUUCUCACAUUUUUAUUUGUACCCCACACUUAUUAUUUUUACAAGUAGAUCAAGGUGAAAACCUGUCUAAUAUACCUUCCUUCUCCUAUUGUCCCCUGAACAACAAAUGUGUGAGUUGAGUUGGGCUGAGAGAGAGUGACUGGCCCAAAGUCACUCAGCUGGCUUUCAUAACUAAGGCAGGACUUGAAUUCACAAUCUCCCACUUUCUAGCCUGGUGCCUUAACUAUUGGACCAGACUGGCUCUUAUAUAAACAAUAGUUUAAGGAAAGUGCCUGCUUGUGGUCAUUUUGGAUGAACAAGAAAGAACAAAAUAAAUGGCUCCAGAACCUUUUCCUUGAGUGCAAAGUCCUUUUUGCACAGAUUUCCAUUUACUCAUCAAUGCAAAUUAUCAUAUUGCCCCACAAUGCUGUUCUCUCUCUCUCUCUCUCUCUCCCAUAAUUUGAAGAACAGAUUUUAAAAAAAUGUAAAUGAUAGAAGUAAAGGAAAGAUCUUCAAAAUUUAAUAUUGAAAGAGAAAUUUAAAAUUGAAUUUGCUGCAGUGGAAACUUACUGCCUGUACAAACAAGCUUACUAAAAGCUAUAAUGAAUGGGAACCAGGAAAGGAUAGCAUAAAGGAAGGAUAUAAGAGAAACAUGUAGGCAAAAUUGUUAUCUGGGUCUUCAGAAUGGGAAAAGGAGCUGUAAGAAAAGAUAACUAGCAAAACAGGAAAGAACCUAUCAUUCUAAGAGGUCCAGAGCUCAAAACCAACAAUUGAAUAUGUCUAAUAUUUUAUAUUACUAAUGUACAUGUGAUGUAUGAUUUAGUAUGUAGCAAGAAAUAGGUAGGAGUGUAACCUCAUAAUACCUCAGCCAAUGGAGAAAGAGGAGGGAUGUGGCGGUUAGGACAGGGUUGUAUAAAGAAAGGAAUAUUUUGGAUUGAAACUUUGGAGAGAACCAAGCUUUGAUAGCUUCUCUCCCCGCUUAUUGCAAUAAACGAAACAAAAGGC